AUGUUCGCUGAUAAGGUCUCUAGGCGAGCCGAAGGCCUAGUGAAGAGCUUUUGGGCCAGGCUAGGUGAAGGCGAAGCGGAGGAGUUACAGAAUGGCCAAAGCAUCACUGAGAUGAUUCUAAAGUUGGCUAAAAACGAAAUGCUUGUAGAGGCAGUGUCUAGUCAGCAUUCGGAAGAGGAGCAUUUUACUAAGUUAAAGUACGUCAUGGACCAAAAGGUGGAGUUCCAGCGACGCAACAUGGAGCUUUCCAAGCAGAUCGAGACACUAUCCCAACCAGACUUAUCAACAAUCAAGCUCAUUAAGCUGAGCUAA